AUGGAAGUCGAAGUUAAUCGCGUUUCCCACCGAGAGGAGGAUGUCAUGAACAUUGAGCCGUCGAUGAGUGGCAAAAGCAUUGUCGGACUGAUCAUUCCUCCGCCAGAUAUUCGCGGUAGGUGAAUUUUUUCUGUUUUCUUCUGGUUUUUAGAUUGUGGAUGUUUAAUGUGCUGUUUUAGCUAUUGUGGAAAAGACAGCGCAAUUUGUUGCCAAAAAUGGAAUUGAUUUCGAGAACAGGAUCAAGGAGAAGGAAUCAGGAAACAGCAGGUUUGGAUUUUUGGCCCCAAACGAUCCAUAUCACGCGUUUUAUCGUGCUAAGGUCGCGGAGGCGGAAUCGGGAAAGUCGAUUGAACCGACGAGGGCCCAUUUGCCGGAUGCUGUUCGGGAGCAUGUCAAGAAGGUGGAGUUCAUUCCAACACAGCCUCCUCCAGCCUACGAAUACAUGGCUGAUCCAGCAACCAUCAAUGCCUUUGAUUUGUAAGGUGUUAUUCUGUUUUAUUUUCACUUUUUAGGAGAAAAAUUUAAAAAAGUUUUUUGAAACCCACAUAUUUUUAGGGACCUUAUGCGGUUAACGGCAUUGUUUGUGGCUCGAAAUGGGAGGCAAUUCUUGACAAGUUUGAUGAACCGCGAAAUCAGAAAUUACCAAUUCGACUUUUUGAAGCCUCAGCAUUCAAACUUCCCCUACUUCAGCAAACUUAUCGAACAGUAUACAAAGGUAAUCUGCCAUUUGAUGAUUUUGAGCUUCUAAUUUUAGAUAAUAAUUCCUCCGAAGAGUAUAAUCGAAGAUUUGUCGCGUCAAAUGGAGUAUGAUGUUGUUUUGGGAGACGUCAAGUACAGAGUGGCAUGGGAGAAGCACCAGAAGGCAAUAAAAGAUCGCGAAGACCGAGCGCUGGAAGAAGAGAGGAUGGCGUUCAAUUCGAUUGAUUGGCACGACUUCGUUGUGGUUCAAACGGUCGACUUCCAACCCAACGAAACGCAGAAUCUCCCCCCAUUGUGCACGCAGAAGGAUGUCGGCGCCAGAAUCCUCAUGCAACAGCGAACGGAAGCGGCCAAAGCGGCUGCGGAAUCGGUGGCGAUGGAAAUGGAUUCGGACUCGGAUGAUGAGGACAAGGAGAAGGACCGUGACCAAACCCAACGGGCUGCUUAUGAAGUCACACAGCCGGCGCCCGCACCUCCCACAAUGGAUUCAGCUGUGGUCAGAGAUUAUGACCCCAAGAAAGCAAGACAACAAAAUCAGAAGAAGCUCAGUGAAAAGUAUAUUAUUUCACCACUCACAAAUGAACGAAUAUCUGCAAAUCAACUACCACAGCAUGUCAAGUACAACAUUGUGGACCCCCAAUUUAAAGAACAAAGAGAUCGGUUGGUUUUUAUUUUUUUAUAGAUAACAUGGUCUUUAAACUUUGUUCGACAAUGAUAGUUUUAUUUUUUGUAAUUAAUGUUUAUUUUUUAGCGAGCAAAUGGAACGCCAGUCCGAUGACACAUUGAACCUCACAUCUGGAACGGAGAUUAGUCGAAAUAUUCAGAAAAUGGCAAUGUACCGAACGGAUAUCUUUGGAAGCGGGGCUUUAGGCGCUGAACAAGCCGACAUUGGCCAGAAAUUGAAUGAUAUGCCUCCUCCGCAGCACCCUCCAAAACGCGUUGGCGGAAGCGGACCGAAUGACUCAAAACGGCCUAGAAAUUGA